AUGGGUUGCGUAAGCUCUAAAACGGAUACCUCUACUAAAGCGUUCAAAGUCAUAAGUAUAGACAGUCAUUGCAGACCUGUGAGUGCGGGUACAAUGGAGAUCAUCGGCGGCGAUUUGGUAUUAAACAGAAAGGAUAAUCCGCCGAUUAAGUGGCCGUUGUUAAGUCUCAGGAAAUUUGGAUUCGUUUCGAAAACGUUUACGUUCGAGACUGGUCGAAGAUGUCCAACAGGACAAGGGAUCUACGCGUUCAAGUGCAAAAAAUCUAUGAAAUUGUUCCAGUUGGUGCAGAAGACAUUGAAGACGAAGAAUUUAAGCGAACUGUCGAAAGGAGAAAUCGCGAUGUGUAAAGGCGAAGAACGAGUACAUGUUUCUGCAGAAGCUGGAAAUUCGGAUUUCUACAAGCUCGAUAUUCAAAAACAUCAUUACAUUAAUAUUGGGUCUCGUAAGAGUGCGCCUCCUAAGCCGAUCAUGUACGCAGAGUUGGAUUUGGUGGAAAGCGAUGAACCCGGAACGCCGAGUCCAAGAGCGACCAAAAGCUACGUGGCUAUAGAUUUCGAAAAGACUUUAGCACUUUCGCAGGCAGUGAAUUAUCCCGUUUUAGAAGGAGAAGAAGAAGGCAUCAGGAGAACCAGACAUAACUCAAAUUUAGAUGCGUAA